AUGCUGCCUUUAACAGACCAAGAUAUGGUCAACUGCAAGGAUCGCCUUGUUUACUUUGAAGAACGGAAGUUCUGUAACAGCAUCAGUACUUAUAAAGAGAUCCAAAAAAUAAGCUCAGAACUCCAUAAAUCCCACUUUAUUCGUACAAAAUCAGAGCGUUCCCUACGUAGUAUCGACACUUCACGUUGGAAAGUUGACAAAACAUAUCUACCACGGAAUGGAGUUCUUCAUUAUAUGGCAGAGGCGAUAUUUUACGCUGAUGCAGUUGAAUUAUCUCGCGACUGUCAAGCUAAUGUGCUGUCACUGGGUCUCGGAGGUGGCCAAGUGAAUGGUUUUCUACAUCAAAACUUUCCCAAGAUGAACAUUACUGUGGUAGAUAUUAGCGCUCAGAUGUUACGUAUGGCUAAGAAAUGGUUCGAUUUACAAUCAGAUGAUCAUCACAGAGUCAUUUUAGAUGAUGGAGCAAGAUUUGUGGAAGAGCAAGCAGCUAAAGGAGUAAAAUAUGAUGCUAUUAUUCUGGAUGCAUGUCAUUCUGCUCCUCGAACUGGAAUAGAACUUAUGUGUCCUGUGAAGGUCUUCCUUCAGAAACGUGUCAUUAGAAGCAUCUCUCAGCUGCUCACCGAUGGAGGAAUCAUUGUUAUGAAUGCUGCGGCAGCCACAAUAGGAAGCGAAGACGUUCGUUCAAUGUUACGGUAUCACUUCCAUAAAUUCUUCAACUAUUGUGGCCAUAGGAAAUCAGCUGGAUUUAAUCAGGCCGUCGUGAUAGUUUGCAUAAUUGUUUGGUUGAAAUCCGUCUUUUUCGACUCCCGAGUGCAUCUAUCCACAGUGGAAUUUUUUAACUUAAUCAGUGAAACCUACGGCGAUUCAAGAGAUCUGUUUACAGUUCUAAGGAGAAUAGACAUCGAAAGUGGAGGAGGCACGCAUUCAACGUUUUAUCUUAUAACGCCAGCAGAACAUUCUCCACGUAACAUUGACACUUCACGUUGGGAAGUUGACAAAGCGUACCUGUUCCCAACUUCUUACUAUCAUUAUAUGGCAGAGGUAUUAUUUUACGCUAAUGCAAUAGAAUUAUCUCGUGAUAGUAAAGCAAACGUGCUCUCAUUGGGUCUCGGAGGUGGUCAACUGAAUGGUUUUCUACAUCAUAACUUCCCCAAGUUAAAUAUUACUGUAGUAGAACUCAGUGCUCAAAUGGUACGUAUGGCUAGGAAGUGGUUCAAUCUACAAACGGAUGACCAUCACAGGGUCAUAGUAGACGAUGGAGUAAGAUUUGUUGAAAAAGAAGCCGCCAAAGGCGCAAAGUAUGAUGCUCUUAUGGUGGAUGCGUGUUACGCUAAUCCAAGAGAAGAAAUAACUAUGUGUCCUGUUAGGAUUUUCCUUCAGGAACAUAUCGCAAGAAGUAUUUCGCAAGUGAUUAGCAGCCGAGGAAUUCUUAUUAUGAAUGUGGUUUCUAUCUCACCGUCUCCAGGAAAACUUGACGAAGCCGUUGCAGUGGCUAAAACAGAGAUUCUCAAAGCUCUUCCUAAUCCACAAGUUAUACCGAUGAUUGUUAUUCUGGCCUAUUCGGACAAAGAAACACAAAUCGGCUGUGUUGGUCCUGAGAACAAACGGUUUAUACCGUACAUAUGUUUCAUUGUGUACCAUUACUUCGUGUUACCGUGA